UUGGUAUUUAACCUUUGCUUUGUUUGGUUGAUUAUUUUGAUAAUUUCAAUGUUUUUAUAACAAAUUGUACAUAAUGAAUAAUACAGUCAACUUAAUUACUAAUUGCUCCACUUAUGUGGAUUGUAUGUGAUGUUUAAUCGAACAUUUGUGUUUGCUUCCUAGGAUAACCUGCCAAGAAAAUUCUAUUUCUCAUUUAUACAUAUUUUGAUGCUUUUUGUGAAUUUAUACUUAACUUACUUAGGAGUAAGACCUUAUCUUUAUUCACUGCACCUUGAAUGCUUUCCGAAAUUGUAAUAGAGGGAAGUGAAAAUGCUUCCCCAGUCAGAUGCACCUCGUCAUGUGGCAGAAGCUCUACUUAGGUCAACAGGUUCAUUACAAAGUGUUCAGCUUCAAGAUCAGGACAUUUCAAGAAAUUAUAGCAUAAAUGCUAAUCCUUCAAUGCCUACAGAGUAUGUGACGCAAGGGGAAUUAUUAGGGAGCCAACAAGGAAGCAUGUCGAAGGUGCGACGAUUCUUUUGCUUAUUUGUUACCUUCGACUUAGCAUUCAGCGGUCUACUAUGGCUUAUUUGCAUAAUGAUAAAUGGCGAUAAUAUCAGCAAUGCAAUAGACAAACAAAUAUACCAUUACACUAUUCACACUUCUUUGUUUGAUAUCGUCUUAGUAGCAAUAUUUAGAUUUCUUAUUUUACUAUUAUUUUAUGGACUAUGCAGUAUUAACCAUUGGUUUAUAAUCGCCCUAUCAACAACGGCUACUUCCAUAUUUCUUAUAGCAAAAGUAUUCCAGUACAGUUGGGUGGACUCCCGCCAACCAGUCUUCGAAGUUUUAUUCAUUUUAACAUCGUUUGUAAUAUCAUGGGGUGAAGCUUGGUUUUUAGACUUCAGGGUGCUUCCUCAAGAAUUUAGUUUGACGCGGGUUCUUGUUAAUGCGUCAGAUAAUGAACGCGCCCCAUUAAUCCGUAGCUAUGUGCAAGGAUUACCAUCGAUGUAUACAGAAAGCAUCGGUAAUUUCUAUUCUCCACUUGCAACCCCAGAGGGAUCGAUUCAUGAUGUCGAUCAUCCUCAAAGGCGUUAUCCACAGCUUACAUUAUCGCUAGAUCAAGAAAAUGAUUAUAAAGGCAAAGGUGCAAAAAUUCUUCAGGAGUCGUGGAGAUUAUUGACCAAUCCAAACUGGAAGUUGGAGAAACGGAGUGCAGAAAAUGACGUUGUUUAUAUUUUAUCCGUGCCCAAUGGAGGCAAAGUGUUUAAGAUAUCGGCUUCCAUUAACGCAUCGCCUCAAUUUCUUUUAGAAGAGCUUUUUUAUAAGGCAGAAAGGAUUCCUCAAUGGAACCCGGCUCUCUUAGAGUCCCAUAAAGUUCAAUCUAUAGAUGAACAUACUGACAUUUGUUACCAAGUUACAGCUGGCGCUGCGGGUGUCGUAGCUGUUAGGGACUUUGUCAAUAUCAGGCAUUGGGGAGUUAUUGAGGGAUGUUACGUUAUUGGUUAUUCAGCUACUGAACAUCCGGCCAUACCUUUAUGUGAAAAAUAUGUUAGAGGUGAGAAUGGAGUUGGGUGCUGGGCCAUGAAACCAGUACCAGGCGAAGUAGGGAAAUGUACCUUCGAAUGGGUCCUUAAUACAAAUCUUAAGGGAUGGAUUCCUCAAUACAUUUUGGACAAUGCGCUUGUGGGAGUUUUGUUAGAUUAUGUAAAAAAUCUUAGAAGACACUUAGUUAAAUUGAAUGAGUCAGGUUUAAGAUAGAGAUAUGUGUUAAAGUGAAUGACGGAAUGAUCAAUUGCUGAAAGAAAUUUGUAUUUUUAAUUACGACUGAAUUCUGUAUUCUUAUGUAAAAUACAGUGGAUUUGGAAAAAUCGCAAAUAUUUUAGAAUUAUUAUUGAAUGAGAUACUCUCAUUGCGUUUUUUUCACGGUACUGUAAAUUUCAUGUGUCAUAACUGUAAGUUAAAGUUAUAUUUUCAUAAACGUUAUAAUUGUAAAUAUUAGGGAUAUAGCAUUUUAAUUAACUAUCCUUUUUUACAAUUUGAUGCAGUAUACCAAAAUGAGCUAAUAAAUGAUAAUUGAAUUGCGAAACAUUAAUUUAAAAAAUGUUGACAUUUCCAGGAAGACUCGAGUCACAUUUUUGUGUUUGGCAUGGUACACUCCAUAUUCAUGUUUCAAUUAAACUACAUUGUUAAUAAAUGUGAUUUGAACUAAACAAAUUCGUGCAAGUCUUUCAUAUCUCAGUUAAAUUUAUCUGAUCAAGAACCUCUAAUGUGAAUACAUUUGUUUCCAUGGAAAGUAACUGUCAGAUAAAUUUAAUAGUAAGGUGAAAGAUGGUGCCUUAGUAGAUUAGUGUUCCUUAACUGUGAUUUAUUAUAUCUUAACAUGUAAAAAGAAUCAAAUUGAUCUGAACAUAUUUAUAAUAUUAUUAUUUACGAUAAGUUUGCUGUUUAUAUAUUUUUUUAGGGUCCGUCUUUCAUGUAACCAUUCAAUCUACUGAAUAAGAUUAAUUGAAACAUGAAAGCUGGUUCUUAAACUACAAAUCAACUAACCAUAUAAUGAGAUCUAGUAUCUGUGAUUCAAAUAAACUACCUAUGUACAUUUUGUAUGUCUAAGGAAAUAUAUUCUUUUUGUAA